AUGUUGCAAAAAACAAAUGUCAAGGCCUUGGACGAUUUUAUUUCAGCAAACAAUGGGUCCUUAUCCCUAGAAGAAGCUAUUGGAGUCAUUGACAAAAUUACUCCUGAACAAAUUCAGCAAGCAAGCAUACAUAUUGCGAAAAACCCUCCCAAGAAAGAAAAUUUCCAGGAAGCCUUUGAUCAAGAUAUCAAAAAUCUUACUAAUGACUUUAAACUUGUUGAAGAAUUGUAUAAAGAAGUUUAUACUGAACUCCUUUCAGUUGAUAGUUCUAAAAUCGGGGGCCAGACAACCUGGGCUCCUCAAUGGAAACGGUUAUGGUUAGCCUUUACAGAUCUAAUCACGCAGUCGAAAACAGAAGCUGCGAACAUAUCUGAAUAUGCCAAACGCCAUGUUACGGUGCUUCUUCCAUAUCUGGCUUCCGACGGCCAUACUAAGGAACAGAAAAUUAAACUUAUAGACUUGACCCUUGAUUAUAUCAAACAAAGACAAUGCGAAACAGAAGAUUUGUCCAAGAAAAUUGUAUCACAUGAAACUGCCUUCGCAAUAUUUCAAUCGCAAUUUGGGACGUGGGCCGAGGAACAAAAUCGAAGUGUUGCUAAAGCAAUCACAGCUACCGAAGCAGAAAUACAACAACUUCAAGGCCAAAUCACCGAUUUGACUGCUAAAAUAACAAAUCUUGCUGAUAAAUGGCUCAACGGUUCAUUAUUCGUUGCAUUUGGGGCCGGAGUUUUAGGCUUUGUCAAUCCUUUGUUUUGUAUUGCUGCAGCCAUUGCCAUUGGGGGCGUAAUUGGUUGUUCUUCAGCUAUUGCUGCUUUGAUUUCUGUGAAAAACGAUCUUCAACAGCAACUCGAUGAUAAGAAAAAAAGUCUCUCAAACCUCAAACAACAACAACAAAAUGUUGAGAACGCGCAAGCCGAAUGCACUCGACUGAAUCUACUAGAAAAAUGCAAAAUGCAAGAUAAAUUCCUAUCAGGCGAAAUUAAUGAGGGCUUAGUUGUCGAAAGUGACUACCAGCUUGCCGAAAACGUUUGGAACGUGUUGGCUAACUCGCUUGAUUUAUAUAUUCGAGAAGC